AUGAACCAUACAAAAAAGUCCAAGUCUCCGCGCUCUGCUGAAAACCACAGGCCAGAAGAUAGAAUCAGCAUUGGUGCCGGCGUGCCUUCCGAAACAGCGACUGAUUCAGAAUUUCUCGAUCUCCCCCAACCUCUUCCUCCGGGUUUCCUUAAUCUGGGCAAUACCUGUUAUAUUAACACCACUCUACAAUGUCUCUUCACCGUACACCCCCUACUUCAGUGGCUCCUCAAACCUAACACUUCCUCGACGCUUGAUCAACGCCUGACUAACUCUCUCUCCAAACUGGUGGUGGCCACCUUUCGACGUAAAUUUAAGACUGAACUGCAAGAAUUUCGUGAUCUCGUUGGAAUUUUGCAUUCGGAUUUCAAGGAGGCACGAGAACAGGAUGCCCAGGAGUUUCUUAUCUUCCUCCUGGAUCGCCUCCAUGAAGAGAACAUACUGCGUUCCACAGAAUCUGAAGUGCACCGC